UCCCGGGGUUAUCAGGGAGCCGGUGUCCAUCUUAUUUAUACCUGUGAGAUAGUUCGACGGAUUUUUCAGGGCUGGAUCAAAGUUAAAAAUUCGGUAGGUCCUUAGAGAUGAGCAGUUCAGAGGAAGUGUCGUGGAUAUCUUGGUUCUGUGGACUGAGAGGAAAUGAGUUUUUCUGUGAGGUGGAUGAAGAUUAUAUCCAGGACAAGUUCAAUCUGACGGGCCUCAAUGAGCAGGUUCCUCAUUACCGCCAGGCUCUGGACAUGAUCUUGGACCUUGAACCAGACGAAGAGCUGGAGGACAAUCCCAACCAGAGCGAUCUGAUCGAGCAGGCGGCCGAGAUGCUGUACGGCCUCAUCCACGCCCGCUACAUCCUCACCAACCGAGGAAUCGCACAGAUGCUGGAAAAGUACCAGCAGGGAGACUUUGGCUAUUGUCCUCGUGUUUACUGUGAGAACCAGCCGAUGCUUCCUAUUGGCCUGUCGGACAUCCCAGGAGAGGCCAUGGUGAAGCUGUACUGCCCAAAGUGUAUGGAUGUCUACACACCCAAGUCCUCCAGACACCACCACACAGAUGGAGCCUACUUUGGCACCGGUUUCCCCCACAUGCUCUUCAUGGUUCACCCGGAGUACAGGCCCAAGAGGCCAGCCAAUCAGUUCGUCCCACGGCUGUACGGCUUCAAGAUCCACCCCAUGGCCUACCAGCUGCAGCUGCAGGCCGCCUCCAGCUUCAAGAGCCCCGUCAAGGCCAUCCGCUAGACCACCGGGCCGCGAGGAGGAAGAUUCUGAGAGAGAAAGAGGAGAGGAGAGGGGGGGCCACCUGGAUUUCAACGAGCUCUUCAGAUGCCCCCUCCCCUCCAUGAAGACUAUUAUUUUGAUUUAGAUUAGCGCCUCUGGAUAUAAGUGUAAAGAUAAAAGUGUGAGCGAGACGUGAAAACACACACACACACACUCGGUUUAUCGUACCAACGUCAUCCGUGCCAAAAACAGAGGCUCUCCUCUGUCGGCUCACAACACGAGCGCGCUUCAGGCGCCGCAGCAGAUUUUUAUAUUCAGCUUUGAUGGACAGAAAGCUAAAAGUGCGACGUCCGGGUCACGUUUCACCCCCGGCCCUGCGGCCGUUCUGUAUUUGGCAUCAUGUGGUGAAAGGUGGUGGUAAACCCUCCGU